AUGUUUGCGGAACAACUAAACGCGCCUUAUUUUAAGUGCACAGUAACGAGGGAAGAAGUGUUGAUCUGGGGUUCGAUUCGUGGGAAUGAUGAGGUAAUUGAAGCUCAAAUCCAGCGAGACAAGCUGCGAACAAUUGUGCAAACUCGCGGGAAUCGACCCAGUAAACAUAGCUCUUCCCAGGGGGAAUUUCGCCGGAACGGGAACUGGUUGCUGGAGAUGUUCAAGAAGGCGUGGUGGUCGCACAAGGAGAGGGCGCCGGCAACGUCCCCCGAGAACUUGUUGGCAGAGAUGUCGAGGUGCUCCAAAGCCAAGCAAUUGCCGAAAGAGGGAAUAGCCACAGAGAAAUUGUUGGACAAUUGUUGGAGAUGUUGUGAAGGCCUGGAAAAAUUGUGUUGGGCUAUAUUCAGGAAAUUGUGAUGAAAUUGAUCGGUUAGAUACCUUAUGGAGAGCAUGAUAAGGAAGAUGAAGAACCAUAUACAAUUGAUAACAUA